AUGUCGAGAUCCAGUCCUUUUAGUUUCACUUCAGUGAUCUCCAAAACGGGAACCUGGUGUUUGCCACUAUUUCAGUUGGUGCUCUCGGACUCACCAUGUGAAGAAAAUGAAAUGUACUUAAACUAUAAAAACCAAUACUCAAAUGAUUGGUAUAUCUGGUUCUUGCUCCUCAUUUUCCUGGUGGUUCUGCUCUGCGGAGCAGUGCUCUUCUGCCUUCCCUGCUGGCUGAGGAGAUGCGGCAUUGGUUCCUCAAGACGCACCGUGGCUGUUUUUGCUGUCGGCGACUUGGACCCUGUUUAUGAGACAGAAGCAGCUGUGAAUCCAGCUGUUGGAAUGCACCUUCCAGCUCAAAAACCUGAACUGUAUCAUAUUUCAGGUUUCAACACUUUAGGAACUCCUCCUCCAUAUGAAGAAAUCCUGAAAUCAAGCCAACUUUAG